CAUCUUCUUUAUCUUCAUCUUCUUCGUCUUCAUAUUAAUCCAACUCGCAAUCAGUCUUUGAUCUCAUCCUUUCUCUGUCUCGGCCAUAUACAAAUACCCACAAGCAAGAAUUUACACACACACAUUAUAUAUAUAUAUAUAUGUAUAUGAUGUCAAGAGCAUUUAGUAGUUUAGUUGGGCUUAUGGCUCUUGUAGUUGCUCUUUUUCCUGAAGCUUAUAUUGCCCAAGAAAUAGGAAAAAAACAGUGCUCCCUUUCUUGCGGAGACAUUGGUAACAUCAGCUACCCUUUUCACUUGAAAGACCAUCCUCGUAGCUGCGGUGACGGUCACCACCAACUGGUUUGUGAGAACAAUCGCACAACUCUGGACCUGUCUGGAGUCAAAUACUAUGUCCAAGAGAUCUCUUAUGAGAACCGAACAAUUACUUUAGUGGAUGUCGAUAUAAAAAACGAUUACUGCUCCUUUCCUCGCAAUUCGUUUCCAUUGUCUAAUAUUUAUUAUGGUCUAUACAGAGAUUUCAUAUAUUUUGUGAGUUGUCCAAACCCGGUGAAUUCUUCAAACUACACAGAUUUCUCUUCUUGUGCCAACAGCACCAGCAUUUCUUCGUCCUCCAAACCAAACUCAUCAUCAUAUCUUGUUUCAACUGAUUUAAUGGAAAUUCGUGACUCCUGUACCAUCCUUGUUCAGUAUCCGUCUCCAUUCAUCAUUGAUUCCUAUUGGAACCUCACUCUUUCUGAUAUUCAUCAAGAGUUGCUUCGAGGGUUUCAGCUUAGCUACUAUGGCGGUUACAAAUAUCCAUUAUGGGAGAGUUAUGUACUAUGGAGGUAUCUAAUGCAUGCCAAAGGUUGUUGAUAGAAACACACACGAUCACUCACACACACACACAGACACACACAAAAAGGGGCUAUGUUUGGGAGCACAUUGAAGAAAUUUAGUUAAAAUUUUGGACUAAAUAUUCUCAGAUGCAAAAUCCGAAGUGAUCAUGGCAGCUUACGUGUAUAUAUAGCUAGCUUGCUUCUGCAGAAAAUACUAACUUCA